UUCCUCUUCGUUAGUGCUCGCCGGUAGUCUCACCUGGGGUGACUUUAAGCUCGCUUUCUUCGUCUUGCCAACAUCUGCAAAACGAUGACGGGGAGAGAGUAAAGCUCGGAGAGUGAAGUGCCAGAGUGGACCGGGAUCGAUGGAUGUUUGGGCUCUGAACCCUAUGGCAGGAGGUCUCCCAUGGAGCACCGGCAAGGGGCAAGGGAGAGGCUUAAUGGUGAUACGGCAGAGUUUGCAAUGGAAGUGUUUUGUCAUGGAAGAGGGUCACGCUCUACUUCGAGGGUUUUGGGAGGUUAGGGUUUCGAAGAGGAGAGGUUACAGGUCUCUAAUGGUGAGGGCGGCAGGUCAGAGGAAGAAUCCGGAUAAUCCAUCUUCUUCUGGAAACAAUGAUCCAUCCAUCCCUGGAAGAGACGGUCCUGAGCAAUCCGAUCCUGAACAUGGUGGAUCAACAUCUGAUGAUCACCCCAUUAAACCUAAGAACAUUUUGACAGAUUGGAGAGAUUUUAGAGCAAGUCUUGUUGCUCUGGAGCAGGUGAACUUACUAGGUUCUGAUUCUCCCACACACGAUAGCACAGCCCAACCGGUUAGUUCAAAAUGGGCGCACCCUCUCCCAACGCCGGAGACAGGUUGUGUCCUGGUCGCCACUGAAAAGCUCGACGGUGUUCGCAACUUCGAAAGAACUGUAGUCCUUCUUCUUCGAUCCGGUACCCGAGACCGCCAGGAAGGUCCCUUCGGCGUCAUCAUCAACCGUCUGCUCAACAAGAAGAUCAAGCAUAUCAAACCUUCAAAUCCCGACCUCGCUUCCACAUUCGCCGACUGCUCGCUCCACUUUGGUGGACCUCUCGAAUCUAGCAUAUUCCUGCUCAGAACUGGAGAAUCCUCACCAUUGCCGAACCUGGAACAAGUGAUCCCAGGAGUUCGUUUUGGCACUCGAAACAGUUUAGACGAGGCGGGGGAGCUGGUGAAGAAGGGAGUACUGAGAGCGGAGGAUUUCAGGUUUUUCGUGGGGUAUGCGGGGUGGCAGUUGGAUCAGUUGAGAGAAGAGAUUGAGUUGGGCUAUUGGGUGGUUGCGGCUUGUAGCUCUAAUCUUAUCGCCCGAGCUUCUUCGGAUGCUUGUUUAGGGUUGUGGGAAGAAAUUCUGCAGCUCAUGGGUGGGAAGUAUUCGGAAUUAAGCAAGAAGCCGAGGCAAGAUGGCUCUUAAGCAGGAUUUUUUGUACAGAUUUGUAUAGGAUUUGAAGAUCUGAGUUUCCUGCUGCAUAAAUUUAAGACUGUAGAGAAUCUAAUUAGUAAAAUUCAACAAAGUAUGAGAGGGCUGAUGUUUUUUUAAAUCUAAGGAUUUGAUGGAGAGAAUGAACAUUUUAGAUAUGUUGUUUCUUUUACAGAACUAGUACUGCUAUGUGGUUUGACACAAGAUGCUCAUUUUUUU